AAAACUAUAAAAAGUGUGUCAGUGGGUUACAUUGACACAAACGCAAGGGUUGCGGAAGGAGGAGCCGAUGAAAUGGGUCACAUGGUAGCAAGCGAGGGAUUUACUGUAGUUAGUGUUGUCAGUGCAAGCGAGUCGUGCUCAGUGGAGUUGCUUUGCCAUUCUGGGCCAUAGAGAUUGACAGAGAAAAUUAUUUUUCUACGGUCUUUUAUUGUUCAGCAACCGUUUUUAGGGCAAGCAGCUUUCUAUAGAACAGUCUGUCAUUUCGUCUGUGGACGGACUGAAGACUUCCUUAGUAUUUAAUUAACCUGACAUCCAUUGGAUUGCUCAGAAAACUGAUACACUGAAUUGUUCGCCUUCAUAGUCUACAUGCAAGGCAAAUAUAUGCUAUUCCACGGGUGUUUUUACAGUGGGCUACAAUAGACUGUUUGAUUUAUUUCACAGCGUCUAGCAGCGACUUUUCAGGUUGCUGAGAACUCAAGAAAAACGGCAUUUAAAUACAGGUGACCAAGAGGGUCUCGGUCGUUGGAGGACAUGGAUUCCACAAAAGCAGCAGGGGGUGUCAUAGCGUACAUCAGCUCCUCAAGCACCGGCCCGGAUUCAUGUCACAGCGACUGUUCCAAUAGCAGCUACCAGUCCUCCUCCUCCUCGCCACGAGCCCCGUCACCAGGCCAACGGCAGGGCCAGCAGAGGGACUCUGCCCCGGCCACAUCACGGUCGGCCAAUCACAGCACCGGGAAGACGCGCUCCACUUCCACCGCAAAAUGCGGCAUCACAAAAAUCAAUGGCCUGGUGCUUUUGUGUAAAGUCUGCGGUGACGUAGCCUCAGGGUUCCAUUAUGGCGUUCACGCCUGCGAGGGCUGCAAGGGCUUCUUCCGGAGGAGCAUCCAACAGAACAUCCAGUACAAGAAGUGCCUUAAAAACGAGACCUGCUCCAUCAUGCGGAUCAACAGGAACCGCUGUCAGCAGUGCCGCUUUAAGAAGUGCCUGCUGGUAGGCAUGUCCAGAGAUUCUGUGCGGUUUGGCCGUAUCCCCAAGCGGGAGAAGCAGAGGAUGCUUCUGGAAAUGCAGAGUGCCAUGAACAACAUGAUGAACAACAGCCAGCUACACAACCAGCUCCACGGCAACCAGACGCCGUCGGCGCCUCUCAUCAACGCGUCGCCCCCCUGUCCCAUGGAGGUCCCAGCGGAAGACCCUUUGCCUGCUCCCACUUCCUCCUCCUUGCCAGGCUCGUCCCCAUGCAGCAGCCAAUCCGAAUCCAGCGCUGACCCAAAGCCCGAGCCUUCCAUCUCCAUGGACACCAGCUCAAACUCCUCCUCUUCGUCCAGCGGGGCUGAUAGCGGGGAGGAGGAGGUGAUUGGCACGUUGACGCGGGCCCACCAGGAGACCUUUAUGUACAACCAGGAGCAGGGCAGCCCGUCGGCUGAGCCGCGGCGGUCGCCAAGCGCCACCGAGCGCAUCCACGACGACAGCAAGACCAUGGAGGAGAGGCAGGAUGCCUGGAACUUCAGGAACAACGUUGCCACGGUAACAGGCCACAACAACAAACUCACCUCCAGCUCUCAGCCUGAGAUCUCCGAAGGGCCCCAUGUGAUGGACAACACUCCCAGUCACUGCCCGGUGCAGAUGACCAACGCUGCCCCUGGUGGCCAUUGUCCUGUCACAGGACAUGGCAUGUCCCAUAGAGCUACACACAACAGAGCGAUGACCAGCAGCAAUGGCUUCACAGGACCAGCAUGGAGAGGGGGCAACAGAAUGUAUCUAGUGUGUCCCAUGAACACCUCCCCCUACGUGGACCCGCAGAAGUCAGGCCACAGCAUCUGGGAGGAUUUCUCCAUGAGCUUCACCCCAGCUGUGCGAGAGGUGGUGGAGUUUGCCAAGCGCAUCCCGGGCUUCCAAGACCUCUCCCAGCACGACCAAGUCAGCCUGCUGAAAGCUGGCACUUUCGAGGUCCUGGUAGUCCGCUUUGUGUCACUGUUCGACGUGAAGGAGCGCACGGUGACGUUCCUGAGCGGUAAGAAGUAUAGCGUGGAGGCCCUGCGCUCCAUGGGGGCUGGAGACCUGCUCAACUCCAUGUUUGACUUCAGCGAGAAGCUGCUGGCACUCAACCUGAGCGAGGAGGAGAUGAGUCUUUUCACCGCAGUGGUGCUUGUUUCUGCAGAUCGAUCUGGCAUCGAGAAUGUAAACUCAGUGGAGGCGCUUCAGGAGACCCUGAUCCGCGCGCUGCGCAGUCUCGUCACCAAGAACCACCCCAACGAGGCCACCAUCUUCACCAAGCUGCUGCUCAAGCUGCCCGACCUGCGCUCCCUCAACAACAUGCACUCGGAGCAGCUCCUCGCCUUCAAGGUCCACCCAUGAGGCCUGGGGAGAGGACGCUUGCUCCUGGCGGUGAGGAGUCCUGGACCACGCCACUUUCUCUUCCUUUAAAGACAAAUCCCCCCCGGCCGCCCCCCUCUCGUGUCCCCUGAGACGAUUGGGGACCCGGGGGUACUCUGUUGUUAUUUAAGAGGAAAGUGGUUUUGUUUCCUCCUUGAUUAAAGACAUGGGCUUGUUAGGGCAAAUAUGAGGGUGGGGUUGGGGUUGGGGCGGACAGUUAAAUGAAAUCUAUUGUACUGUAAGGCACUGAUGCCUCUUGUCGUAGUUGUGUACACAUAAGCUUGAACGUUAAUGAUGUAUAUAUUUGUAAACAUUUUGUGUAAGUGUGGGAGGGUGGGAUGCAGGUUUGAACCUGCCCUCUUUAGAGACACCUUUUUAAAUCGUUAUGAAUUUAUAUUUCUUCAGGAAUAACUGCAGACACAAAGCGAGUGUCUCCCCUCGAGAAGGAGAAUACUUCUGUAGUGCAUUUCACAGAUACAGGCUGCCUUGGCAGCAAGCCUGAAUGGAAACAUGAUGGAUAGACGGAAAACACUAAACCUCUUACCUUCGACUAAAUGAGCAACUUGUCCAUCAGGCCCUAUCGAGCAGCACAGUUACAGCUCCGCUCGAAUAGAAAAUCAACUGAACAGUGAAGACUGUGGUUGAGAGCUGCUACAUCACAGCAUGACUUGGGGUGUGUUGGGGUCUCAUGAACGCCAUCUCCUUACCUGCCUUAGAAAGAGCAGAGAAUGUUUAUUGGAUGUAUUUUUCUGCUGUCCUCUGACAACAGCCAGAUAAAUAAGCCGACAACAAAAGCGCCUAGAUUUCCAGCUAGACUUCACGUGCAACUUUGCGUGUGUGCUAUGGCAUUGUUUGGUUAUUUUGCUACUUAUUACUCCUUCUGAACUUUUGUUUAGCAUUUACAAAAAAAAGCACUCGGCCAAUAUGUGCACUGCCCAGGUGGGACCUGAUCCAAAUCAUCUUGUAAUGAACGCAAAAUUGCUGUCGAGCAAAACAUACAGGAUACAUUUCAUCAUUCACACAUAAUUCUCUGUUAUUAUUUAAGAGGAAAGUGGUUUUGUUUCCUUCUUGAUAAAAGACAUGGACUUGUCAGGGCAAACAUGAGGGUGGGGCAGGGACAGUAAAAUGAAAUAUGUUGUAAGGUAAGGCACUGAUGCCUCUUGUCGUAGUAGUGUACACAUCCUUAGACAUAAGCUUGAAGGUUAAUGACAUAUAUGUUUGUAAACAUUUUGUGUAAGUGUGGGAGGGUGUGGAGGGGGAGUUGCAGGUUUGCACUUGCCCUCUUUAGAGAUACCUUUUUGAAUCGUUAUGAAUUUAUAUUGCUGCAUUGUUUGUGCAAUAUGUGAAGAAUAACUUAAAAAAAGAGUCAUUUUGAGAAGGAGAAUACUUAUUUAGCCUUUAGCCUGAUUGAAAACAUGAGAAUACUUAAUGUGUAAAAUGAAAGAAUUAAUAAUUAUAUGAUAGAUUGAUCUAACGGAGGUUUUGAUGAAAAACACUGUACCUCUUACCUGCAACUAAAGUAGCAAUUUGUCAAUCAGGCUCUGUAAAGGGAGCAUGAUUACAGCUCUGCUGUUUAAAAUUUUAAAUCAACUGAACAGUGAAGACUGUGGUUGAAAGCUGCUAAAUCAGGGCGGCUAAAAUUUCAGGUGUGUUGAGAUCUUAGGAACGCCAUCUCCUUACCUGCCUGAGAAAGAACUGAGAAUGUUUAUAAAAUGUAUUUUUCUGUUGUCUCCUGACAACAGCCAGAUUAAUAAAUCAACAACAAAAGCUCUCCCAUUUCAAGUUCGAGCCCACAAAGCUCCUGUGUGUCUGAGCUAUGGCAUUGAUAGAUUAUGUUGCUACUUAUAAAUCAUUCUGAACUUCUGUUUAGCAUCGACAAAUGUACUGGCAACGACUCAAAAGGUUCUGUGAACAAACAAACUAGAGCCAGGAGAAACCGAAGUGCGUGCUGCUGUAGGACUCAAAGCGCUCGGCCAGUUUGUGCACUGCUCAGGCAGGACCUAAUCCAAAUGAUUGACCACAUUCGUCUUGUAUUGAAAACAACAUUGCUGUCCAGUAAAACACAUAGCAAUGAAUAUGGUCAUUCACACAUCAUUUCUAUACUUUUUCACGGAGAACCAGAGAGGAUGUUUGAUCUCCUGUAUGCUGGUGGGAGAUAUGAUAUGAUUUGGAUAUUUGAAGCUCAAAAUGCGCUGAGAGAGGCUGAUAUUGAUGACAUCAUUUUUUUCUGUUUUGUUUCAGUCUGUUCAGUCUUUUGUUUUUGCUUUCUUUUUUGAAUGUAUGCUUUUCUCUCUUUCUUUAUUAAGUCAAGAGGUUUGUCAAGUGACAGUCGAUGCAGGUUUUUUCCUAUUCCUUUAUUACUAUUAUUAUUCAGAUUUUUCUUCAAAAAGUCAGACAAAGGUUUUGAAUGUGGGACUUAAACACCAAUGUGCCACAGGAAAGGUGUGUGGGGGGGAGCUAGGAGGAAGUCCAAGUAAAACCACAUUGAGGAAUGAGCUUGCUCCAAACCCAGAUGGUAUCAGACCCUGGGUCAGAUCAGAACCAAGUCUGUUCCACUGUUAGCUCCCGUCUCAACCUGAAGAAUGACCGAAUGAGUUUGACUUUACUAUGAAGAACAGCAUGAUUGUAAUGUUGACAAAGAUGUGAUAUACAGAGGAGGUAUGAAGAGCUGAACUGUGGAUACAGAUUUAGGAUGAAAACUUUUCCUUUGAAUUUGCUCCCUCUCCUUUUAGUAGUCUCUCUCAAAGCUUCUGUCCAUGUGAGCAUUGUGUUGAUAUGCUGUGAUCUAUCUCUGUUUUCUUCUGUGAAACAAAUGCAAAAUACAUAGAUUUUCUAUAUGUAUAAAUAUAUAAAUAAUAUAAAUAUAUCCAUAUAAAUAAACAUAUAAAUGUGGGACCUUGUUAUGAGGUGGUCACUUUUUUUUUGAGUAUUUGCACUUCACCUGAAAUAAAAACACAAAACACAAAAAAAACACAAAAACAAACACAAACAACGAUGCGCUUCCUUGCUCAAAUAACGCAUGCUAACAUAAGUUAUUAAAAUAUGGCAGCUUCCUUGUCCUAUUCUUCCUGACCUCAAGUAAUACCUGUGUCUUUGACACAUAAGUGGCUUGACUAGGACCUCUCAUUCUUACAAUUUAGAGAGUUUAGUGCUGAGUAUGCAUCAAAGGACUAAUGCAGUAUAGGACUACAAUUAUUAUUGGUACAUUAAAUGUACGUAUGUAUUGAAUUUUUUUUUUACCAUGCACUUGAAUAUCUAUUCACUGGCAAGUGAGUAGUGCUGAUAAUAAACUUGAUGGUUCUGUGGUUUUGUACAACAAAAUAAACCCCAUAACUCAA